AUGGUUGUGACAAUAUCACUUUUAACACAACGAGACGCACGUCUUGCGGUUAUUUGGCGACUGGCAAUUUGUUCGAGGAAAUCACGCAUCGGCGGAGUGUCCAAACAAGAAAUACGCCGACAAAGCGUCCGUGAUGCAUGCACAUUGAUUGGAAGAUUGAUAGAAGGACACGGUUCGGUGUCGGAAAAAUGCUCGCUUUACAUAAUUGCCCAAUUGAUGUUUGGGACUACAAUACUGUUCUCUAGACAAGUAGAAAUUUUGCGAAACGACGCCGUUGAGGCGGUUGAAUUGUUGAAAAACAAGUUUCGAUCUGAGCUUAAUGAAAUGAACAUCGAAAAUCCCAAAAUUACUAAAUCAGAUCGAAAGAAGAUGAUAGUCUUGAAUGACACCGAAAGACCACCUCAUAAGCGUCCCCGAAAGUCGCCAGCAACUGAAUUAGACACUUCAUUAGAUAUCACGUUGGACCCAAAAUUAUUGCUUCCUGUGGCCGAUAAGCAUGCAAUUACACUGCGAGACGAAUUACCAUCGGCCUGGCCCUCAAAUUACGUCGAUGAAGAUGAUCUAGAACCUCUUGAAGCUGAUGAUUUGCACCAAUUUUAUGACGCCUACGGUGAAAGGACAUUUCUUGAAUUCCAAUCCUCAAGCAGUGCCAAAAGGCAAACUGAUGAUAUUCGCAAUGCUGAGUCGUUCGCUUCUCCGCCUCCACCGCAUACUGAUGAAUUGCGGCCUUUCGAAUUUCGAAAUCCUGAAGAAAGAACUCCGGAGAGAACCCCGUCAAAACGAAAAUCUCCUUUCGAACCAGCGCCAGGACUCGAGGACGUUCUCAACAUGCCAUUAUUCUCAUUCGGCGAUCGCCAUAGUUCAAUCGAAUUGGACGAGGAACUUGAUAAUUUGAGAACGUCAUCAGCUGAUUCGCAAACGGAAAAAUUCGUCGCUCCUCAAAGUUCUGAAGGUUUGAUACUCGAGUCAAUCGAUGAGGUUGAGAUUCGGAAUUUGUCGAUUAUGAAAACUCCCAUACGACGAAGACAAUUGAAUAAUCGUGGAGUAACGCAAAUAAGACAUGAUCAAAUGCGCGAAAUGCAAAAUGACUAUUCAUCGUUGAAGCAUGAUAGUGCAAGAAGAUUGAUGAUUGAUGAGACGGAGAUUGCGCAUUUGACAUUGAAUCAAUUGCUUGACCCAGUGCCGCAUGUUCAAAUUAGCAGACGCUUUCCACGUGAACUCGUGAGUUUGUACGAAAGGAAUAGGAGGGGGGAGAAGUACAAUAAAGAUGUUGGCACAAUGGUGUCCGAUCUCAAUAGUACCAUGGAUUCUGAAGAGGGAUUGACAAAUGUGACCGGCUUGAGUGAACUUGACUUGGAGAAUCUUCGUUUUGGCGAAACUCCUCUGAAAGAGCAAGAAAUUCGAGUUCGAAGUCCUUCACCCAAGCGAAUUGAAGAAGUCGUAAGAGAAGGUAAUUCUCAAAAUGACGUCUCGAAAAUUUCGGCCGUGUUUGACAAUGUGUCACUUUCAAGGUUUUCGAACGAGAACAGCCAAAAAUCGACAACAACUAUUGGGCCAUUUGCAACAGAUCAACGAUGCACUGUUGAUGUGAGCAAACACGAAAUUCGUCAACGAGUUUUAAGAGCAUGUCAGAUAUCAGCACCGUUUCCCGGCAAAUUUGAAGAGAUGCUGAACCCGAAUGAAGGAAAGCGGGUGGCUGCUAGAGCGUUUUAUACGCUUCUGGAAAUGAUGAAAGAAAGGGUUGUAAAGGUGAAGCCGCAAGAGAAACCGUAUGGCGCGAUUGAAAUUUUGCUCGAAUCGCCCGAAGGAUCACUGGAUCUCGACGAGCCGGAAAUGAAUGAGAUGUCACUCGUGCUCGCCGCAAUUUUCGCGGUUCUCGCCGCUUCCGAAGCCGCCAAAUGUAGUGUGAAGAAUGGUGAUAUGAGCGCCAGAUGGCAGGUGGUUGACGGCGAGCUCACCAUGGAAGUGACAACCAAGAACAUGGGCAAUAACCAGUGGUCGGCGGUUGGAUUCGGACCAGAUAUGAGCGAUUUGGAGGUCAUCGUAUUUCGGGUAAUCGAUAAUUCGCCGAGUGUUCGCACCGGAACCACCAGCGGCUACGGUGCGCCGCAAUUCGACGCGACACUCGGACUCAGUUUAGAGUCUGUCGAUUAUAACAGUAAUACCUUCGUUGCUCGCUUCUCUAGACCACUCGGAUCCCUUUCAGGAUGUAAAACAUGGAACUUCGUAACCGACGGGACCAUUGAGGACGGCGAAAUCGGCUACCACAAUUCGCCACCACAUUCGUUUUUUGGCGCGCAAGAUUUGACGAACAACGGUGAAGUGAUAAGCAUGGGUUCUCCACAGAUUCGGGUCACGAACGUCUGCCCGGCAGAAUGCACCCAAAUCUUCAUGACUCGCACCAGCAUCGUAGAUCCGGUGCCAAUCGCGGCAGUCUACAAUAAUCGCAUCUCGACGCGAUUCGACGCGCUUUUUGACAGCAACUAA